CGGCCAACAAGUGUAGUUGGUGACAUCUCUACACCACAUCACACCUAUCCACCAUGCCUCGCAUCAGGAAAAAGACCUCCAACCGUCAGAACACGCGUGACCGCGCAAAGAUCAACAAGAAGGUCGCCGAGCACAAGAAGAAGACCAAGCGCGAUGGCAAGAAGAACCAGACAUGGAAGUCGAAGAAGAAGCCGGACCUUGGCGUGCCCAACUCGUUCCACCUGAAGGACCAGGUGCUCGCCGAGAUGUCGGCCGAGAAGCGCAAGGCCCAGGAAGAGCGCGAGGCUAGGAGGCAGGCCGCUCGCAAGGGCCAUGUCGAGGAGGAGGAGGACACGCCCGGCAUCUCGUCCGUUGCCGGCAGCUCGGUCCUCCCUCGUGCGGGACUCUCGGCCACCGCCUCCGUCGCGGUCUCGAACGGUGACGACGACGUGCCCGAGCUCCUCGACUCGGACCUUCCUACGCUCCAGGCUGCUCUCGACGCUGCCGAUGUCCUCCUCGAGGUUGUUGACGCUCGUGACAUCCUUGGCGGCAGGAGUCUGAAGGUCGAGGAGCUGGUCACGGACGCGGGCAGCAAGGUCCUGCUUGUUGUCAACAAGAUUGAUCUUGUCCCCCGUGAGGCUCUCCAGGCGUGGAUCGCCCACCUCAAUCUCCCCACCUACCUCUUCUCGUCCAAGGCCGAGCUCGGCAAGGAGCAGCUGCUCUCCGGACUCUCUGCCCUCCUCACUGAGAAGCGCAAGGGCAAGGGCAAGAAGGAGGAGACUCUCACCGUCGCCCUCCUUGGUCUUCCCAACGUCGGCAAGACGUCGGUUCUGAACACCCUCCUCGGCCGCGAGCAGUUCAAGACUGCCCCCACUGUCCCAACAGCUGCGCAGGCCAAGACCCCAACGCCAACCACUCUCCACCCUAUUGAGGUCGACGUCUCGCUCCCUGGAGGACAGACUGUUCGUGUCAUCGACACCCCAGGAUGGGAGUUUGUGGAGGAGGAUGACGAGGACGAGGACGAGGGUGACGAUGAGGAGGACGAGGACGAGGAUGAGGACGACGAGAAGUGGGACCUGCUCGAGGCUCGUGUGGCUGGUGACUUGUUGAGGCGUAACCUUGGCCGUGUCGACCGUGUCAAGGACGUCUUCCCUCUUGUCAACUACAUCCUCUCGAGGAGUAACGACCAAGACCUGAUGUUGAAGUACAACGUCCCCUACUUCGAGGCUGGCAACAUCGAGGCUUUCCUUACCGGUCUUGCUCGUGUCAACCAGCGUGUCAAGAAGUUCGGUGACCCCGACCACGAGGGUGCUGCCCGCAUCAUCCUCCGCGACUGGGCACACAACACGUUCCCCUACUACUCGACCGCGCCUUCUGGCGAGGCGAUGGACGUCGAGUUCUCCCGUCCCGACAUGUCGGCUGUUCUGGAGCAGUGCAAGACCCGCAAGGAGCUGAAGACGGCCGCUGGUAUCGUGCGCUUCCAGGCUAGCGAGCCCGACUCGCGCGACGUCUUCCUCGACGACGACUACACCGCCAUCCCGCAGCCCGAGUCUGACGAGGACGACGAGGAUGAGGACGAGCUCGACUUUGGCGAGGAGGACGAGCUCGACGACGAUGAGGAUGACGAGGACGAGGAGGACGAGGGCGUGUUCAUCGGUGCCGAGGACGGCGAGGAGCUCGACCUCGAGGACGGCCCCGAGCCCUCAUCUGGCUCUGACGUCGAGGACGAGGAGGACGAGUCGGAGUCCGAGUCCGAGCCGGUGCCCGUCCGUGCCGGCAAGCGCAAGGCCGCGCCCGCAUCGCCCGUCGACACGCGCAAGAAGGCCAAGACGGUCAGCUUCAAGGCCAAGCUCGAGGCGCCGCGCACCGUCCCGUCCAAGGGCGAGAAGGAGGUCCGCCCCAUCCUGAAGCGCAAGAGCCGCGGCGACAGCGAGGAGCCCGAGGUCGAGCAGCCCAAGGGCCGCAAGGCGCGUCUCGAGAAGAAGGAGGAGGCGCCGGUGAAGGCGAAGAAGGAGGAGCCUAAGAAGGCCGAGAAGAAGGCCGCUGAGCCCAAGCCCAAGGCUGAGAAGGCCAAGGCUGCCCCCAAGGCCGCUCCCAAGGCCGCUGCCCCCGCGCCUAAGAAGGAGAAGAAGGCCAAGGGCAAGGCCGCCGCCAACGGCGGCGCCGAGGCCUACGACUUCUCCAAGCACUUCUAAUUCUCUCUGCCUGCCUUCGCAUCUAGACUGCCCCCUCUGUACCAUUUCUUGAGUUACAAUAUGCAUCAUCAUCGGGAUUGAA